AUUUCAAUAUUAUACUUACAACACCUUCUGAGGAAGCAACAGUGGGUAGUUCUUAACAGAAAUCAAAAUGAUGAAGAGCCUGAUUCUGGUUGCGGUGCUCGCCGCUCUAACUGUCUGCAAUGACGCAGCCACUCUCCAAAACCCCGCCUACAGAGCUAACCUCUACCAGGGAGCCAUCAGACCCGGCGACAGAGUACUCCACAGUAACUACUACAUCAAAAAUCCCAUUCCCAACGCUGUGCAGUACCAGGACAUCACAUAUCGUGGCAACUCCACCACUAGGAUCUCCUACAUCCAAGUCACUGAGGUCGGCUAUACCCAGUGGGGUAUCCCAUCCCUCAGGUCUGGUGGUGUCAACUUCAACCACGCUACCAUCAGGCUGACCUCCCAAAGAGGCUACGGCUACUACUACCGUGUUGAGAUCUGGGGUCGUUAAGACAGCCAUGGAUAUGAUGAUCUGGUCGAUAGACAACCUCAAAGACUUAACGGCAUGAACUAAGUAAUGAAGCGGGUAUUAUUGUGUACAUUAAAAAAAGUGAAUCUUAAAAAGUGUAAUAAAAUUAUGUAUGGCCUAACUCA